AGGCUAGACUUGCGCGACAACCGAAUAGGCGCUCUUGGGCUGCAAGCGAUACUGACGGCGCUCCAGCGGAACACCGUCAUCACACAGCUUGACCUGGCCGGCCCGGACUCAUCAACAACCCUAUCAGCUGAGGACAGCGAGGUAGAGAUUGUCGCGCGUUUAACGCGCGAGAUACGCGCAGUUUGCAGUCGCAAUGAAGCCGCCAGUGAACCCGCAAAACGCACGCAUAGAAGAAUUAGUCUUACGUGUCAUACAGCUUGCGUGCCCAAGCCGACGGCGGAGGAGGAGCGCCGGGGCCGGCUGCGCUCGCCCGCGCCCUCGCCCGCCGGAAGCCCCAUACCAGCCGCGCACCACUCGCGGUUCUCGGUAACCCGCGUGACGCCGGAGCGCGAGUCGUCUUCCGAGAGCCCGAGCACGCCCACCCGCCCCGCCUACUGCGCGGCCCCCUCGCGAUUCAAAGUCGUCCAGGUGUCCGAGCCGCCAUUAAUCCAAGUACAUCCAGCGUCGAGUCAGCCGAGGAAAAGUACGUCACGGUUCUCAGUGACGCGCAACUACGAUUCAAUGUACAACCCCUCGCCUGUGCCCACUGAUGCGUCUCCAACCCCCGAAGACCCCCGCCCGGCCACCCCUGGGCCCCCAGACUUGGGGCCUGACAGGCCACAACAAAAGCCUGACAGGCCACACCUGACGCCUGACAGGCCUGAGACCCCAGACCUCAGGCCCGACACGCCUGACCCCCCAAAGACAGUGCCUCACAGAACACAAGCCUCCGACAGCUUUAACAAUGCAAGUGGAAGUGUCACAGUUGAAAUUAGUGAUAUUAAAAAUGUUAUAGAUGCCAAAAAUGUUAACUCUAGUGAAAGUAUCAAAGUGAGUGAGUGUACAGACGAUUUAGUUAGUAAUGUUUGUUUCACAGACAAAAGUGAGCGUGUGUCUCAUACUGAGACUGUAAUAGGCGAUACGCUGACGACAGAGACUAAAAUAGUUAAGAAUAGUACUGAUGUGAGGGAGAAAGAGAAAGUUGAUGUGCUAGUCGAGGUCACAGUCACUAAAGAACACUCAGACCAGAACGUUUUUGACUUUAAAAACAUCGAUGAAAAACCAACCGUCAAAAAUGACACGGCCAUGAAACAAAUUGAAGCCAUCACAGAAGACUUGGGCAACUUAAUUCAAGAAUUCAAAGAUUUGUCAACGAAAAACGUCAGCAAAGUCAAAAGCGACUGCACACAAACCGAUGUAGUUAAUUUAGAUACAUAUAAUGUACCUGUUAAUAUAAUACGUGAAAAUGUAGUGCUUAAGAAAAACAAAAGCGAAUCGAGUCUCGAUAGUCCCGAUUUAGAAGUUUCUAGACUUAUGAAUAAAAAAUUGGGUGGGAGUCCGUUCUGCGAUAGCAGUUCCUCUUUAGAAAUUUCUGGAAGCUCUGUAGAGAGUCUGAACACAUUGGACAAUCCACAAUCUCAAAUAGUGAAACCUAUAAUCAUUGAAUCUGAUACAGAACUGGACAGGAGAAAAACCGACCAUGUAGCAUUGUCCACGGAAAGCAGCAUAGAAUCUAACACAAGCGAAGUAACUCCGGUGAACAGUAACUUUUUAAAUAUGUCGGUUAGUUCCAACGAAAGCGUGUCUCCUAUUAUAUUCGGUAAAAGUAAGAAGAUACAUGACUCGCUGUCCAGUUUAGAAGCGAGCGUCAGUUCAUUAGAUUCUGGAAGACACGAGAAAGUGAUGAUCACGUCGGCAGAUUCUGGAAUAGAGUAUUCUCUACAGCAACCCUCCGAGAGUAAAGAGGAUAACUCGUCCAACGAAGGCACAUUAACGAACAACUCGAGUCUAAAAGAAACUGUUAAAAAAGAUACCUCCCAAGAUGUAACUUCGCCCAAAAGAACAUCCAGUUUGCUAGAUGUGCCAGCGUUGAAGACCAAAGGUCUAAGCGAGAGACUGAGAAAGAUAUCCCUAGUGGCCCCAUCCCCAAGCUUCCAUAUCCCCAAACCUGAACCGGAGAAAGAAAUAAAACUCCCAUCCCACCUGGAUAAACUGCUAAGUUUAUUCCAGCACCCCUUGUUCUCUAGAUCUUCAAACGAAGAAGAGAAGAAGGGAACUAACACGCCGCCUAGGAAAGAUUCUUCUUUAACUAGCUCGUUCUGGUCGUGGGGUAGUGCGACAGAGAAGGAGGAUAAAGAAGACAGAGAUAGCUCGUCCGAAGCGACGGAUUCCACGCUCUCGGAAAGGGUGCAAGUGUCUUUCGUAGACGAAUCCUUCUCCAAGAAGUUGGAUAGCAAAACUCCGUCUACAGACACGGACAAUACUCUCAGCGAGUUCCAAACUUUCCCGCAGAAUUCGGAGGCGAGCGAGUCUCAGGAAAGAGUUACCGAUACAACCACCGAUGACAACUUAGUACAAAAAUGUUUAGUUAUAAGUAAAUUUGACAACGCCAGUUCCAACGGCAACAAGGAUGUGCCGAGAACAAGUGAUAAUACAGAUCUCAUAAAACCCAACGAUUUAAAUAAAAAUUACGACUCAAGCCCCGCGGGCGACACGAAUAAGAAUCCAGAAGAGGAGAAAGAAAAAACGGAGGAAGUUAAGACGGAGCCUGUGAGGCCUAGGUCUUUUGCGUCAGUGCUUAAGUACUCGGGUUCGGAGAACUCGUUGGAUAAGCAAAACAGCCCGGAUUCAGGGCAACCCGUAGACAAAUUGCCAAGCAAAGUCAUACGCGGGAUCAAAGAGAAUAUCAGCCCUGAAAACACCCUAACAUCAAGCAUGACCAACACGAAAACGUUAGCACUAGAACUCACCGAAAGACAAGUGAAGAAUCAGCCGAUAGUCAACGCAGUUUGGGAGGUGACGGUGCCGGUUUUGGAGAAAAACGAACCCAAAACCGAGGAGUCUAAAGCUCAAACUGACGUGAGAGUGACGGAGAACUUAGCGCCUAUCGCUACUAUAGAAGAGGCGUGUGACGAAGCAGAUAAUAUAGCGUUGGAUUUCAUAGACGAUCCGAAAUUCGAUGAAAAAAACACUUCAGCUGACAGCGGCGUGACCUCAUUAGAAGGCGCGUCGGAAGAUAAAAAGUUCGAAAAGGUUCUGCACUCGCUGACGACAGAGUUGGAACAUGUGGAUUUAGGAAAAGACGCGUUAUCGUAUUUAAUUUACGAGAACCCAGAGUAUGAAGCCAGGAAACUGGAAACCAAUCCUCCCCAAGGCUCGUUAGCCCAAGAACUUCAAGACGCAGAAAUAAAGGAGAUGCUAGAUCUAUCACCAGAACUAAUUAUUGAUGAGGCAAUCGAAGUGCCAGAAGUUUUCACCGUCAAAGAAAUAAUAGGCAUUAAAACCUCUCCAGUGAUUCCUGAAAGAGCUAAAAUCAAAAAGUCGAAUUCUUUAGAAGAUUUGUCGCAAGAGAAAGAGUGUCCUAAAACCAGGACGAUAGCGUUCAAAGUCCCAGAAAUUUUGACGACAACGCCGCGGGAUAUCCCUGAAAGGCGGUCUAGAUUGCGCACACGAAGUGGAUCCAGCCCGAAAUCAUUACCUGAAAGUUUGAAUAAGCCUUGCCCGUUGUCGAAAAUGGACUCAAUAUUGUCGAAAAAGAAGAAAAAAGUGUCUUCUCUAGGCAAAAUGGCUAAGGAUUCUUUACUAGCGUUAAACAUGAGCGAAGAUGAGAUAGCCGAAUUCCGCCGAUCAUACAAAUUAACUUCAGUAGAAAGUUUGAAAUCUCUAGAGUCUGUUUCCGAAGACGCGAAUUCUCAAAGCGGUAAUUCCAUCGACUCCCGUUGCAAAGUGUGCCUUAGAACGUCGCAAGAGAGCUUAAUGUCGCUCGAUUCGAUCACUGAGGAUUGUAGGUGUACAGACGAUUGUGAAAAACCAGGCCAAUCCAACAGAUAGAUCAUUUUAAUACUUCGAGAUCUAUGGGAUACUAAUUUAUUUUAA